AUGAGCACUUCCAAAGCGUACUCAAGUCGCCAUCGACUGUUUGCCUCAGUUGGAAAUGAAGCUGACCUCGUUCUCCCACCCAUUCCUCAGGACACCAUAAAGUCUGCGCAGCAACUCUCCGGCGGGAAAGCAACUGAAUUCGAUGCAAUGCCUGCGGAGAUCUACAAAUACGGCAGCCACCAACUCCUAUUCCACGUAACCACGCUUUUUCAGGAGAUGUGGCGACAAGGCCAAGUCCCCCAGGACUUUAAGGACGCCACCUCUACUGUCCACCUCUACGAGCUAAAGGGGAAUCGCCAACUCCGUGACAAUCAUCGUGGAAUCUCGCUGCCCAGUGUCGCCGGCAAAAAUCUUCGCCGAGGAGCAAAAUUACAGCUUAGCUUACAGACU